GAAGGAAGACGGACGUGCGAGCGAAGGCGCGCCGUUGUAUCGCAAUUCAACGCUUUUAUUUCGCAUCAAAACGCGUUUAUGCCUCACAAUUCAAGCCUUGUAGAUUCCUGCGGCCUAUGUGGGACCGUUCCCGACAAUUUACGUAAAAUUCGCCUGAGAAGUUUUAACCCAUUUACUGAUGGACUGACAGACGGAUUCUCCUCGGACGACGCAAUCUAACGUACAGAAUUCAACAUUCGCCUCUUUAUUUUACUCAAGCGAAACCCCGUGUUUUCCCACAGGAGGGCUUCAGAGCGGACAAUUAAGACAUGCAGACGUGUGAAGAGCGCUGACUGUGGCUCUCUGCAGAAUCAUGGAGCCUUGUGCCGAGUCUCAGGCUGAUCCGGACAGAGCUCAGCAUCAUGCAGAGAGCAGAGAAAACCCACUCACCCCAGUUGCCUUAAUGCCCAGUGACGAUGCGGCUUUUCUGACCCCGGCCAAAAUGAGUCAGAGAGGGAAGGAGGCGGGGCUACACACGCCUAGUAAAGACCUGCUCACAAGCCCCUCCCUCAGCCCGGGCAUCAGCUAUUCCCACGGUUUUGACCGUGGCAAAGAGGAAAUCCUGCCUCUGAAAGAAGACUCCACACACUCCAUAUCCAAGAGCAAGUCAGAAACCAAGCUCUAUAAUGGCUCAGAUAAAGACGUGUCUGUGUCUGGAAACAAACUUACUAAGAAGGAGUCACUCAAGGUGCAGAAGAAGAACUAUAGGGAAGAGAAGAAACGGGCCACUAAAGAGCUGCUCAGCACCAUCACUGACCCCUCCGUCAUUGUUAUGGCCGACUGGCUCAAGAUCCGGGGCACGCUGAAGAGCUGGACGAAGCUGUGGUGUGUGCUGAAGCCUGGCGUCCUGCUCAUCUAUAAGACUAAUAAGAACGGACAGUGGGUCGGGACGGUCCUGCUCAACGCCUGCGAGCUCAUCGAGAGACCGUCCAAGAAGGAUGGCUUCUGCUUUAAACUCUUUCAUCCGCUGGAACAGUCCAUCUGGGCCGUCAAGGGUCCUAAAGGUGAAGCUGUGGGGUCGAUCACACAGCCAUUACCCAGCAGCCACCUGAUCUUCAGAGCGGCUUCAGAGUCAGACGGUCGGUGCUGGAUGGAUGCUCUUGAGCUGGCUCUGAAAUGCUCCAGUUUGCUGAAGAGGACGAUGAUCAGAGAAGGGAAAGAGGAUCCGCCGCAGACAGCAGAGCAUUCACACAUCAACUUCUACAGUCUGCUGCGCGCGCACAAUAUGCAGGGCUUUCAGUUCAAUGACAGUGACCAGUUUAAGGAUCCCGAUCUGUACUCGGACAAGUCGGACCGAGAGAACGAGCAGGAGCAGGAGGAGUGGGAGAACGAGGUGAUGGAGAAAAGCGAAGAGAGCGACAGCGACACGUCAGAGCGACAGGAAGACUCGUACAUCGACCUGGAUCCCAACGAGACGCUGCGAGAAACCAUGUACAUCGAGCAGAGCCACGAGGAGCUCGGAGAGGCCGGUGAAGCAUCUCAAACAGAGACGGUUUCAGAGGAGAAUAAAUCUCUGAUCUGGACUCUGCUGAAGCAGGUUCGACCCGGGAUGGACCUGUCGAAAGUGGUGCUGCCAACUUUUAUCCUGGAGCCUCGAUCAUUCCUGGACAAACUCUCCGAUUAUUACUAUCACGCAGACUUCCUGUCCGAAGCGGCGGUGGAGGAAAACGCCUAUAACCGAAUGAAGAAAGUGGUCAAAUGGUAUAUUUCUGGAUUCUACAAGAAGCCAAAGGGUUUAAAGAAGCCGUACAACCCCAUUAUCGGAGAAACAUAUCGCUGCUUAUGGAUCCACAGCAGGACCAACAGCAAAACCUUCUACAUCGCAGAGCAGGUAUCUCAUCAUCCUCCAGUUUCAGCGUUUUACGUCAGUAACAGGAAGGAUGGCUUUUGUCUCAGUGGCAGCAUCUUGGCCAAGUCCAAGUUUUACGGAAACUCUCUCUCGGCCAUCUUGGAUGGUGAAGCGAGACUGACGUUUCUGAACCGAGGGGAGGACUAUGUGAUGAACAUGCCGUACGCUCACUGCAAAGGGAUCCUGUAUGGCACAAUGACUCUGGAGCUCGGCGGUCAGGUGUGCAUCGCCUGUGAGAAGACGGGCUACAGCGCACAACUGGAGUUCAAGCUCAAGCCGUUUCUCGGCAGCAGCGACAGCGUCAAUCAGAUCAGCGGGAAGAUCAAACUGGGGAAAGAGGUGCUGGCCACAUUGGAGGGCCACUGGGACAGUGAAGUGUUCAUCAAUGAUAAGAAGACGGGAGAGCUGGAGACCUUCUGGAACCCGACGCCUGAGCUCAGACAGCAGAGACUGACCCGCUGCACCGUCCCUCCAGAAGAACAAGCCGAGUUUGAGUCUGAAAGGCUCUGGCAGCACGUCACCCGCGCCAUCAAUAAUAAAGACCAGACGGAGGCCACCAAUGAGAAGUUCAUCCUGGAGGAGGCGCAGAGGAAAGCGGCCCGCGAGCGCAAGGCUAAGUGUGAGGAGUGGACGCCGGCGCUGUUCGAGCAGGACCCCGCAACCGGAGAGUGGCAUUACCGAUACGCUGACACUCGGCCGUGGGAUCCUCUCAACGAUCUCAUUCAGCUGGAGAAAGACGGCUGUAUUCAGACUAAAGUGCGCCACAGGACGCCUAUGGUACGUUCAGCCAGUGUAGUUAGUCUCAGUACCCAGCAGGGCCCCCGGAGGGACAAUUACCUGAGCCAGGUGACGGGACCAAAGCGCAAACAUAAGAGUGAUAAACCCAAAAGCCCAGAGAGCGGCUGCUCGUCUCCAGAGCCAGACCGACAGGACUCUUCAGGCAGCGAGAGGCACAAAAGCAAACACAGCAGCCGCCACAGGAAGAAAGGAACCGAUCUGAGCGAAAUCCAAAGUGCCAUUGAGUCCAUCCGACAAACGCAGGAGGACAUUAACAGGAGCGUCAGUGCGCUGAGGAGUCGCGUGGCCAGUCAGACGUCAACGGAAAGUUCAUUCCUGACGCAUCGAGACAUCGCCAUCAUCCUCUUCCUCAUCUUCCUCCAAGUCCUGCUCAACUUCAUCUUCAAGUAACGCCACAAACAUUCAGUAUCAGCUCACGACACACUGACAUUUAUUCGCUACGUUUUUAUCAAGUGUUGUGAGCCCUGGGAAAAGGACGGCAAUACGGUUGAAGUGCAUUGUGGGAUGUUUCGGAAAUGACUGUUUACUUUUUGUCCUUCAAAAAGAGGAGUUAUCAUCAGCCUCGAAAAUGUUGUUUUAAUUUAUUGGAGUAAUAUUUUUAACAAUGUUUUUACAUCGGCGCCCCCUGCUGUGGUGGAGGACGCCAGUCGAGAUACAAACGGAAAAUCUCUAGGUCAUAUUUUGAUUGAGAAUAUGCAUUUUAUUGCCUGUUUUUUGAGUUAUGAUAUUAUUUUCAUGACCAAUAAGCACAUUUCAACCCUAAUUCUUAUUGAGUGGACUGCAAAAAAAGAGAAGAGGAAACUGUUGUUACUAUAAUCUAAAACGUAUGCUGUAUUAUUAGUAUUUGUGAUAGUGUUCAUAUUACUGCCUUUACUUUGUACCGAUUGAAAUAGAAUUUAAUAACGGACACAUGUGGUAAUGAGAACUUCGAAAUGCUACAGAAAUGUCUUAAUGCAUUUUAUUUUUUAAUUUCUUUCGAUUUUUAGGAUGUAGAAACGUAACCUUGACAUUAUGAAAUUGGCUCUUUUUUUUGGCAAGACAUUUUCAUUUAAAUAUAAAACUUAAAGAGCGCCCCCUGCUGCAGUGGAGGACACCGUGCAGUCAAUUCACAAACUACAUGGGUGAAUAUCAGAAAAUAUUUAAUUAUUUUAACUAAAAUCUGGAAAAUGUUAUUUCAGAACACCUAAACGAAACGUUUUUUUCGAGAUGAAAACUUUAUCAUACUAAAGUAGAAUUUCCUAAUGCUAAAAUACAAAGUUUUAAUACACUUACUGAUCUGCUGAUGAAAAGAAUUGCAAGAAUUACCCAAAUAUUAAACGCAAAGAGCGCCUCCUGCUGUAGUGGAGGACGCCAGUCAGUUGGUUCACAGAAUAAGUUAAUAAAAAAAAUGUAGGUCAUAUUUUACCCUAAAAUCAGGAGAAAGAAAAGGUUAAAAAGCCUAUUCUUAUGAUAUGUUGUGUUAUGAUAUUAAUUUAAUAUAAAAAUAAGCACAUUUCAGCCUAUAUUUUCAUUCCUGAAGUGCAGAAAAACUCGUUUAUUUAACCUUUAAUCCCAACAAGAUGAGGUGAAAGUGAAAUUAUGAUAGGAAAUCUAAGAUGCACAAUAAUAACAAGAAUUUGGAAAUGCUUAAUAUUUCCUUCAAAAAAAGGUGAAAGUAAAAUUAGGCGCACUUUUAUUUUGUACACUGAUAUAGAACUAAA